AUGGCCUCAAAAGCUUUAACCACUGGUUCUCACUCCCGAAAUGGAUACCGUUUCUCAGUCUUUGAUGACUCAGAUGAGGAAAAUGGAGACUGCAAUAUUCAACAGCAAAGGAAACACAAUGAUCAUGCUUUCUCUUUGGCCGGAAGCGUAGCUAAUAAGGAUUUUGAAGAGCAUAAAUCAUUCAACUAUAAUGAAGAGAAAGGGAAAGGAAAUCAAGAAAAGAGAAGUCUUAUGAGCAAUGACAUAGAAGAAGAUGAAUACCUUUUGGCUGAGUCGAGGCAACCAUUAUGUCGUAAGGUUCCAAUAGCUUCGAGCCUAAUCAAUCCAUACCGCAUAGUCAUAGUCAUGCGUCUCAUUGUCCUAGUUUUCUUCUUUCACUUCCGCAUCACAACUCCUGUGCAUGAUGCAUUUGCCUUAUGGAUAAUCUCCGUGAUCUGUGAAAUAUGGCUUUCUUUGUCUUGGGUAAUAGAUCAAUUCCCCAAGUGGUUCCCCAUGACUCGCGAAACUUACUUGGAGCGCUUGUCCAUGAGAUUCGAGCGCGAUGGGGGGCCGAACCUUUUAGCCGCAGUUGAUGUCUUUGUUACCACUGCAGACCCUUUGAAGGAACCACCUAUUAUAACAGCAAACACAGUUCUAUCAAUCUUGUCUGUUGAUUAUCCCGUUGACAAAGUUAGCUGCUACGUCUCCGAUGACAGUGCUUCUAUGCUUCUCUUUGAUACUUUGUCACAAACUUCUCAGUUUGCAAGAAUAUGGAUUCCGUUUUGUAAAAAGUAUAACAUUGAGCCAAGAGCUCCCGAGUCUUAUUUUUCUCAUAAAGUUGAUUACUUGAAAGACAAGGUACUUCCAACAUUUGUAAAGGACCGCAGAGCUAUGAAGAGAGAGUACGAAGAAUUCAAGGUGAGAAUUAAUGUACUUGUCGCAGAGUCUCAGAAAAAACCAGAAGAGGGGUGGGUGCUGCAAGAUGGUACUCCAUGGCCUGGGAAUAACACUGACAAUCAUCCAGGAAUGAUUCAGGUGUGUCUUGGAAGUGCUGGGGCUGUAGACAAUGAAGGCAAGUCACUGCCACGGCUUGUGUAUGUUUCGCGCGAGAAAUGUUCUGGCUAUCAACACCAUAACAAAGCUGGAGCAAUGAAUUCUCUGCUUCGAGUUUCUGCUGUGCUUAGCAAUGCACCUUUUGUGUUGAAUCUGGAUUGUGAUCAAUACAUCAAUAAUAGCAAGGCUAUUAGGGAGGCUAUGUGCUUUCUCAUGGACCCUCUACUUGGGAAGAAGACCGCUUAUGUCCAAUUUCCGCGAAGGUUUGAUGGCAUCGACGACAAUGAUAGAUAUGCUAAUCACAACACUGUAUUCUUUGAUAUCAACAUGAAAUGCCUUGAUGGAAUUCAAGGUCCAGUUUAUGUUGGUACUGGAUGUGUGUUCAACAGACAAGCAUUAUAUGGCUAUAAGCCACCAACCGAGAAAAGACAAAAGACGGGCUUUUCAUGCUGCUGUUGUUGUUCUGAUGACUCUCGUUCAGAACUUGAUGUUGAAGAGAUUGAUGAUUUUCUUGAAGACAAUGAGGAACAAAAGGAAUCAUCCUUCAUGUCCCUUAAAUUUUUUGAGAAAAAGUUCGGAGAGUCGCCGGUUUUCAUUGCUUCUGCCUUGAUGGAAGAUGGUGGACUUCCAAAAGGCACUAAUACGCGAAUACUGGUGAAAGAAGCUAUUCAUGUUAUUAGUAUUGGAUAUGAAGAGAAAACUGAAUGGGGCAAAGAGAUAGGGUGGCUUUAUGGUUCAAUCACAGAAGACAUCUUGACAGGGUUUAACAUGCAUUGCAGAGGAUGGAAAUCAGUAUACUGCAUGCCUAAAAGAGCGGCUUUUAAAGGAUCUGCUCCUAUAAACCUAUCAGAUAGAUUACAUCAAGUUCUGAAAUGGGCUUCGGGUUCUACUGAGAUUUUCUUUAGUGGUUAUUGUCCAUUGUGGUAUGGCUAUAGUGGAAAACUUAAAUGGCUUCAAAGGCUCGCUUACACGAACCAUAUCGUUUAUCCGUUCUCUUCCAUCCCUCUUUUGGUAUACUGCAUAAUUCCGGCUAUCUGUCUUCUGACCGGAAAAUUCAUCCUCCCCACUCUGACAAGCCUUGCAAGCAUUUGGUUAAUGACUCUAUUUAUUUCGAUCAUUCUAACUUGUGUGCUAGAGCUUCGUUGGAGUAAGGUUAACAUUCAGGACUGGUGGCGCAACGAGCAAUUCUGGGUCAUUGGAGGUGUUUCUGCACACCUUUUUGCAGUGUUUCAAGGCCUCCUUAAAGUUGCAGGGUUAAACACUAAUUUCACUGUGAGAACGAAAUCAACAGACAGCGCUGCAUUUGGACAGCUCCAUCUCUUCAAGUGGACAACUCUUCUCAUCCCACCAACAAGUAUUGUAAUUUUGAAUAUGGUUGGAAUUGUGGCUGGAGUCUCUGAAGCUAUUAAUAGUGGCUAUAACUCAUGGGGACUUUUAUUUGGGAAGGUUUUUUUCUCUUUCUGGGUUAUUGUUCACUUGUAUCCUUUCCUCAAAGGUCUGAUGGGAAGGCAAAACAAAACUCCUAUCAUAGUGGUUUUGUGGGCAACACUUCUAGCGUUGAUUUUCUCGAUGAUAUGGGUGCGAAUUGAUGUUUUCUUGCCCAAGAAAACAGGUCCUGUACUUUCACAAUGUGGGAUAGAAUGUUAA